AUGUCGGCCGAUGACAAAACCAGCUUUGUAAGCGUCUCCCGGACUGGAGGUGCUGCUCACCGGUACGUCACUACUAUGGAGGCUUCAAUGACACCUUUAGAUUUGCUUUCUAAAAUUGCGUCGGAGCAAAUACGGAUCACUCUACAAGGCGGUAGCCAACAGCAGAAUAGCAACGACAGCCCUGAUACUGAUGCUGCUAAUGACUCAAAGAGAUCGAGCGAUAACUGCCACAAAAAAUCUUUAUAUCCGAAAGCAGCAACUAUGGAGGCUUCAAUGACACCUUUAGAUUGGCUUUCUAAAAUUGCGUCGGAGCAAAUACGGAUCACUCUACAAGAACAGCAAAAUAGCAGCGACUGCCCUGAUACUGAUGCUGCUAAGGACUCAAAGAUGUCGAGCAAUCAUGGCCACAAAAUAUCUUUUCAUCCGAAAGCAGCAUCCACACCACGAUCUUCGUUGCCUAUUCUAAAGGUGAAACAACAAAGUGUCACCAUGACUAUACCUCGUGCUAGAUCAACAGAUUCAUCUGAUAUUGAAAAUAUGCCAGUGAAACGCCAAAAGCUUUCACGAGAAAACGGCGAAGGUUCGAGCAAAACACGCGAUAGCAAAGUCGGACAUCCCCACUGCUUGACGGAAGAAAUUAGGAAAUGCGUUUCAUCUACACUCAAAGGUGUCUUGGCUGGAUGCGAUGAGGAUAAAUUCGAAAGUUUAAUUAAAGAAAUAAACACGUUUAUAUUAUCAUUGUAUGAAAAGGGGUAUUUCGAUAUCAUGAAAACAGAAAAUAAAACCCAGGAAACUCACAAUCCUUCAACUCCUGGGACCUCCAAAUCCAGCACUUCGUCAAGUACUUUUAACACGAGCAAAACUUCUAGAAAGAUUGUUCAUAAAAGGAGUGUAAAGAAGCGUGUGUUAAAAGAAAAAAACAAUGCCAGUAAUGAAUUGGAAGGCCAAAGCGGAAGAUCUUCCUCCGAGCUGGAUGAUGGUAGCUCGGGGGCCGCGGCCCCAAAUUUUAAAAAUUCGGAAUUUUCCUUGCGUAAUUUAGGCUUCCAUACGUUGUGGGCGCAGCGCCGAGUGUUGGCCACACAUUCGUUAACGGGUAAAGCAUCUCCCGCGUUCCCCAAUAAGCCAGCCAAGGAAAAACUGGAUCCACGUUUGGUUCAAGACAUAGUUCAGACAGUCAUGGACAAGUGCGGAGUCACCGAGUCUCAAGUACGAACUGUCAUCACUACUAAAUGUGCCGACGAGUGCAAGAUGUCCCGCGCGCGUAGUCUGAAUAACCGCAACACUGAGCGGCACAAAACCUGCAACAAUGUCACGUACGAGUCAACCAGCUCGGAAUAACACAUUUGUAAACGAGCAACUAACUACAGUCUUCAGUCACAGCUGCAACCAAUGCGACUGCGUAAAGCAGAUAUUAGACCUUGAUUUAGUUCAUUUUUAUUUUCCUAAUUUAUAGGGUAGCAAAUACAAGCAAAAGGCCCGUCUGACGGUAAACGGCCGCCAACACUCACAUCAGUAGGUAUUUUUAUUUUGUCAUUUGUCAUUUGACGGUAUGAAGCUCAUUUCUAAGAAGCAGGGUCGUACUUCUGUAUGAGACGCAAUUUGCGUGAAUACGCUUGCUCAGUGCCAUACAUGUAGUACCUCCCUAGCUGCAGGAGCGGCGGCAGCCUCUGACGAGUGCUCCAAGUGGCGCAAAUAUUUAGCUCUCUAUGAGAACUACAUAUUUGUACCGUUUGGUGUUGAGAAUAUGUGCCAAUGGAGUCCAAGAGCUCGUUCCCUGUCCCUAAGGAACUGUCAAAGACGAUCUUGGUCAACGGAUCAGCCUUGCCAUCCAACGUGGCAAUGCUGCCAACCUUUGGGGCACCAUUCCUGACGGCGGCGCAGGGAGUAACAUAUUUUUUAAUUUUUGUAUGUAUGUAUUAGUUAAGUAGGUUAAGGUUAUUUUGACUGUAAGUUUUAAAUAUCAAGUAAUUUUUAAGUUUUUGUUAUUUAAUUUUAUAUGUUAUAGCAAUUAUAACUACAAUAAAAAAUGAAAAUUUGUUUAUUAUGUUAAAAUUGUUAUGCAUAUGCAUGCAGUAAUUAAAUAGUAUUGAAUCAGAAAUUAAUAAUUUCCUAACAGGCAGGUUAUAUAAUACUUCUGUUUUAAUCUAAGAAUACUUCCAUUGUUAUCAUUGCUCCAGUUUUAAGGUUUUGUUACCUAUAGACAAAUAAAUUUACUGAAAUCAUUUUAAUUGAACGUUCUUU